UUUUGGUAAACAGCGAUGGAUUAUAUAAGAUGAGUCGCCUGUAUAUUACUCCUGAUGGCUUCUUCUUUCGAGUUCACAUUCUAGUUGUGGAUACUUUAAACUGCAGUAAACCGUGUCCAGACUUUAAACUUGGCAGUAGAUACAUUGUGAUGGGUCGGAUCUACCACAAGAGACGACAGAUCCCCGCAAACCUGCUGCAGUUCCUGGGAGGGCGCCUGAGGCCUGGGGAUGGCUUGCUUAGAAGCAGCAGCAGCUACGUGAAGAGGUUCAACAGGAAGAGGAAUCGCAAAGUGCAGGCGUCUCACACGAAAUGCAGAUAAGGCUCCAGUAACCUCCGUCUAGGACACAGGCAGCAGCAGAACUCACCUUCCAGAAUAAACCUGGCCACGGUUUAGCAACAGUGGGAGAUAGUUCUCCUCACCGCUGAAACUGGUUGUGAUAGGACACUCACUUUUGUGCUUUAGCAAGGACUGACAAUGUUUUGAGUCGGUACCUAUAGAUGGUGAAGUUUAGCACAAAAGUCAGUCUAGGGAACAUUAACUGGUCAUGAAUUUGCUCCAGCUGUUUUCAGAGCCACAGGUUAUUAUUGCAUCCCCUGCUGUAACAUACCCAUAAUAAUCUGUAAUAAUUGUAAAGUAAAACUCUGGAGGCAUUGUUUUAGGUACGCAAGAAGUAACUGCACUUUCAAACCCUUAACCCUGAACAAAUGUUAGAU